GCUGUGCGCCCCGCGGCCGGCGGGCGGCGGGUGGCGGCGGACGGAGAGCCGGAGAUCGGCGCCACGGGACUGAAGCGAGCGGGCGCGGGCGUCGCGCAGAUGGCCGGGGCGAGCGAGGUCUGAGGCUCGGCUCCCCGAAACGUGACCAUGUGGAUUCAACAGCUUUUAGGACUCAGCUCCAUGUCUAUCCGCUGGCCCGGCUGCUCCCUCGGAAGCCAUGCUUGGAUUCUGAUAGCCAUGAUGCAGCUCGCUGUGGAUUUCCCGUCCUGUGAGUCACUGGGCCCCGGCCCCGAGUUCCGGUUUCUGCCGCGGCCCCCGCCGCGUCCCCCGCGGCUCUGGAACCUGCGAAGCGGGCAGCCGGGGAGGCUGCCCGUGCCCUUGUGGAGCCCACGGGCCGCCCGCGCCGAGCGGGCCCACGGGCAGACGCAGACGCCCCGCGCCCGGCGCGCCCACCGGCCCCGGGACCAGGUGGCUGCGCUCGCGCCCGAGGCCGGACUCGCGAAGCCCCCCACCGCCGCCGGAUCCCGCCCUUCCCCGGCCUCCGCGUCCCCCUCGUCCUCGUCCUCGGCCGUGGCGGGCGGGGCGGCCGAGCAGAGCCUGCUGCGGCGGGGCCGGAGGCACCUGCGGGAUGUGGGGUUCGACAGCUUUGACUUCCGAGGCAGCAGGCCCACCACAGAGACGGAGUUCAUUGCCUGGGGCCCCACGGGGGACGAGGAGGCCCCCGAGUCCAACACUUUCCCGGGCUUGUUUGGCCCCACCACCCUCUCCACCUUACACACACGGAAGACAACUGUGGCCACCACCACCACCGCCGCCGCCGCCUCCACCGCCUCCACGGCCGCCGCCGCCGUGACGCUGCAGACUAAGGGGGUCACCGAGUCCCCGGAUCCCCGGAGAAAGUUCCCCGUCGGGGUUAGCACAACGGAGCCUUCCACCAGUCCCAGCAGCCGCGGGAAAGACACCAAGCCCCCAAGGAUGCUGGGGGAGACCUCAGGCCUGGCUGUGCAUCAGAUCGUCACCAUCACCGUCUCCCUCAUCAUGGUCAUCGCUGCGCUCAUCACAACUCUUGUCUUAAAAAAUUGCUGCGCCCAAAGCGGGAACACGCGGAGGAACAGCCACCAGCGGAAGGUCAACCAGCAGGAGGAGAGCUGCCAGAACCUCACCGACUUCACCCCGGCGCGGGUGCCCAGCAGCAUAGACAUUUUCACGGCCUACAACGAGACCCUGCAGUGCUCGCACGAGUGCGUGCGGGCGUCCGUGCCCGUCUACACCGACGAGACACUGCACUCGACCGGGGAGUACAAGUCCACGUUCAACGGCAACCGAUCCUCCUCUGCUGAUCGGCAUCUCAUCCCUGUGGCCUUUGUGUCUGAGAAAUGGUUCGAAAUCUCCUGCUGACUGGCCGUGGGCUUUUUUACCUCCUGGGGGCGGGGCAGACGCCAUGUGUCUAUUUCAUGGAUUCCGUUGGUGAACCUGUAAAAACAAAAAACAAAAACAAAACAAAAAUACAAAACCUAAAACUAGACUCUCUAAGGGAACCUGCCAUUCUGUCGGCGGGCUGAAAACUCGCAGAGCGGGACACUCUAGGAAAAAUAUAUUUUUGUACAAAUGUUCAUGCCUAAGGGUGGCCGCCUUCUCCCGGAGUUUUCUUUGGAGAACAGAACGAAGAACCGCAAGGAGGGGACUGGAGACAGAGAGCCAAGGAGACCCAGCUGAAGGGACAGGAGGAAGGAAACCUGACGUCUGGAAUUUGUACCACGAUUCUGAACCCAUGCCAAUAAUGCCAUUAUGUGCCAUGAACUGACCCCAAAGCUUGGCUGCGAGCUGGAGCCAAGCGGACCACGCGUAGAAAUCUCACAGCAAACAGGGGUGGGAAUCUUCUGAUAGAGUCACUAUUUCUGGUUACUAUACAUAUAUAAAUAUAUAAAUACCAACAGACACACACAC